GAGAGAGAGAGAGAGAGAGAGAGAGAGGGAGGCAGGACGUGUGCACGGAGGCUCCAUCGCCACACAAAGUGCUGCGCUGCCUCACGGAUGCAUGUGAGAACCCCAGGACAACCACAGGAGCUCGGCCAGCCUCAAGCGUCCAAUGGAUCUACCUGAAGGAGGAGCAGCGACCUCUCCUUCCUCCUGCCCGGCCGGCUCCGGCACCGCUUGCCCGCAGGACCCCGCUCUCUGAGCCGUGGACCAGCGCUGACGUCUCCUGCAUCAACUCCCUGCAACACUAUGGUUAAAGCGUAUGCCAAGAUUAAUCUCUGUAACAUUAUCCGCCUUUCCAUCCACCGCCCAUCCUCCACGGGAAGCCAGUCGUCAAAUCAACAAAGUGUCCCUCUCUGGAGGCCGUCGAUAUUUAUGAAGAGACACUGAGUGAAAGUGGCCGAUCCAGUGUCCUCCUGUCAUUUAGGGAAUUUAUUAGUCUGGAGUUGCGAGUUGUGUUUCGAUUUCCCUGCGCCUCUCUCCAUUCACACUGCAGCAGUAUGGUGGUGUUAUAGGGAUGUCCACCGUUUCCUGAUAAUCACCACUCCAUGCGCGUCACCUCUCCCCUGAGCUCCGUGGCCCCCUCACCCUGCGCCGGACCCCGCUCCAAGCGACCCCCCAGCCGGCCAUGCUCCUCCAGGCCGCGUUGCUGCUGCUGCUGCUGCACUGCUUGGCCUCCACCCGGGGCCAGUACGACCUGUGCAAGUCCCUGGUGAGCACGGAUGAGGGCUCGGUGUGGGAGCAGUACGCGUGCCAGCCGAAGUCCAUGUCCAUGAAAGACCACAUGCGCAUCAAGGUGGAUCCGCCCGGCAUCACGUGUGGAAACCCGCCGGAGAGGUUCUGCACUCUGGAGAAUCCCUACCUGUGCAGUGAUGAGUGUGAUGCCUCCAACCCAGAUUUGGCUCAUCCUCCUCAGCUGAUGCAGGAUCGUGAACGCAACGGCUUACUCACCUACUGGCAGACAGUCACAUGGAGAAGCCACCCAGAGCCCCUGCUGGCUAACAUCACUAUGGCCUGGAACAAAAGCCUGGAGCUCACAGACGACAUACUGAUCACCUUUGAGUACGGCCGUCCUUCUAUCAUGAUACUAGAUAAGUCCAUGGACCAUGGGCGCUCCUGGCAGCCCUACCAGUACUUUGCUGACGACUGCCUGGAUGCCUUCGACAUGCCACCCAAACAAGUGCGUGACCUCUCGCCCGCCAACAUCACACGGGUCAUCUGUACUGAGCAGUUCUCGCGCUGGGUCGGUUCCAAGAACGACAAGAAUGUCAAGUUUGAGGUGCGAGCACGCUUUGCUGUGUUUGCCGGAGCUCGGCUACAAAACAUGAACAGUCUGUACACUCGCAUGGAGAGUAUGAAGGGAUUGAGGGACUUCUUCACCUUCACCAACCUUAGGUUGAGGCUUCUCAGGCCUGCCCUCGGAGGCACCUACGUCCAGAGAGACAACCUGCUCAAGUACUUCUAUGCCAUCUCAAACAUCGAGGUACCUGCCAGGUGUAAGUGUAACCUCCAUGCCUCCCUGUGCCUGCUGCAAGAAGGGAACCUCCAGUGCCAGUGUGAACACAACACCACGGGCCAGGACUGCCAGCGCUGCAGGAAGGGCUUCAAAGCCAAGUCCUGGAAGGCCGGUUCCUACCUGCCGGUGCCCAACGGAACCCCCAACACCUGUACGAUUGCUGGCUCCCCCUCCGGUUCUAACUGUGAGUGCUACGGCCACUCCAACCGCUGCAGCUACAUCGACUACCUGAACAUCGUCACGUGCGUCAGCUGCAAACACAACACCAGGGGCCAGAACUGCCAACACUGCAGACUGGGAUACUUCCGCAACGCCUCUGCUGAACUGGACGAUGAGAGCGUCUGCAUCGAGUGUAACUGCAACCAGAUGGGUUCUGUCCAUGACCGGUGUAACAGUACAGGCUUCUGCCAGUGUAAAGAAGGCGCCGCAGGGGCCAAGUGUGACGACUGUCUGCCGGGCUUCUACUGGAAACAAGGCUGUCACUCUAACAUUUGCGAUGACGAGAUGCUCCUGUGCCAGAACGGAGGAACUUGCCACCAGAACCAGAAGUGCAUCUGUCCUCCGGAGUUUAAGGGGCUACUGUGCCAACAGCCCCGCUGUGAGGCGGGGAAAGACUGCAACGCUGCCUCUUCGCUGCACCUCUCUACGGCCAACCUGCUGCUCUGCACUCUGCUAGCCUACCUGCUGGCCACGUUAACCCCCCACUGAGCCACGAAAGCAUCCCCCCCCCACCCUCAGACCAAGGAGUGUGUUUAUAUGUGUGUGUCCGUGAUGCGAGCGGAGACCCAGAGUAGGUAGGGCCGUCUGAGUCAUGGACCCGGUGAACACACACACUGCAGCACACACGCGAAAGAGCACACACUCUCACAACACUUUAUAUCUCCAGUCACACACACAUACACACACACACACAGACACACCUCACAUGACUGUUAUGCUAUGGAGUGUGUGCUCAGGUGUGAGAAGAAGGACAAACAGAAAAAAAAAGGGGGAGCGACCUCAGAGAAAAAAAGAUGCAGACGAAGGGGGAAAAAAUCCAUACCAACCACUGUUCCCUUUAUUCCUGAGCUGGAGCAAUGUGCAUCAAACCAAAAAGCAUAAACAAAACACUUAAAUCACCACUGUUUCACUACAAAGGGAAUGGCUGUUGUAACCACAAGGACCUGUUUUUGUUUUAUUUCUUGUUUUUCUUGGUUGAGUUAGGAAUGUCACAUGUAUUAGACUGAUGGCCAAAGUGUGUGUGGUCAGACUCGGACGGGACACGUGGACACGAUGGACGGGUCGGGAGGCGGGCUGUGCAUUUGAUCCUGCUGCUGAGGCCUACAUAGUAUAUUAACCAGGUUUCGUUUCUUCUCGAAAGAUGAGACUUGAUUUUACAUUUAUUCUACUUCUGCUGCAUUUUAUUUUUUUUAUUAUAUCGUCAGUCAUUGUAUCUAAUGUGCCCACCAACAGUCGCUGAGAUUAUACAUAUUAUAUAAUAUCCAGGGGGUUACAAAUAUAAAAAAAAUCUUUAGUCACUAUUAUGGUUGUUAUAGGAAUGAGUGAUUGUUGCCACCUUUAGCGAGAUUUUAUCUUCACACAGUAUUCAGGAAGCAGAAUCUAAGAGAAUUUAACUUACGAGAAGUUUAAAAAGAGAGAAAAGAUAUCAACCACGUAUCAAUAUUAUAUGACAUUAUUUGACUAUUUUUUGUAGAAAUUAUUUUUGUUUGGAGUUAUAAAAAUAAAUUAUAAAAAAUGGCAUUUACAACUA